CUCUUUUCCUGCACCGACUAUCCCUCCUCCACGGCAAUGCCGGGCUUGAGUAUGCCUUCACCGACUCAGCAGCCCCUCGCUCCCAUUGGUCAUGUUGGCCUCAUGAUUGACACUUACAUCGCCAACACAAACCUCGAAGAUCUUCGUGCCGUCGUUCGUGCACUCCUGGUCACCGGGCCGCCAAAUACGACCACUGCCUUCCAAAAAGUAGUCAAGCAGCGACUUCGGCGUCAGCGUAUGAAUGAUCUUUCAUCCCUACCCCCACCAGGCACCCUCUUCACCCCCUACGCCAACGGCCCUUACUCUUCCUCAUCUUCUGCAUCAUCCUCAGCCUCCUUGCCUUCCGCUUCCUCUAGUCCGGAGCCGCCACAUUUCACUCCGGUAGUAGCCGAUCUCCUCAGUCGCGCUCGUGCUCUGUUUGGCGCUGGGCUUGGCUUACAGUCUCUCCCCAUUCUCACCCUUCUCAUUCAUGGAACACACAAUCUUCGUUGGUCUGAAGAUGGGCAAUUCGUCGACACGCUUGCUAUUGUCGAUUCAGAUAUUUCUCAAGCCAUCCAAUCUUCUCUGGAGGAAGUCACCACGUCGAAUUUUGAUAACCUAGUAGGCGGAAUUGAGGAAGGCAUAGCAGCCGUCAUGGAACUACAAAAGGCCCUCAAAGAUUGUGAAACAGAAGUUGAAUCCUGGGGUGGAGAGUUUCCCUUCCAGCGUGGUCUCGCCAAUGUCGAGUCUUUUGUGGAGAACGAAGUGUGGCUAAAGGCGACUGAAGCAGUACUGGGUCAUUGAUUGAUCAUAUUGACAUUCAC